AAGGGAUAAAUUUUGUGGCUGCUCUGUGGAAAUGUUAUUCGAUGAGUAAGAUCAUGGGUGCAAUUCUGGAAAUAAAUGUGCAAACUCUUUAAUGAUUUGCUUCAUAACACAAGAUAGGUUCUUGUAAUAUAUUGGUAUACAAAGUGAUGCUUAAAGUGCCAAGUGUUAACCUGGUGAUUGAUGUCAGUUAUUAUUACCUACAUGCUUUGCUCGGUUUUGAUUUUGGAUGGGAACCUCAUCAGGCGCAAAUUUCCAUCCACAGCUUCCACAGGGGAUGCCCCCCCCCAUGGCACAACGGGGGCACCCCAAACCUGCAGACCUCCCUCUCUCUGGCCUCGUCAGACCAAGUUGGUUCGCUAGAUAUGCAGGAGCGUGCGUCAAAUUCUGACCCGGGUCAUGACUCUGCCACUGAGAGUGCCAGUUCAAGGGAGACCUGGCCUAUAGAACCAAACAAAAGCAGUGGUGGUGGUGCUGCGACCACUAUUAGAAUAGUGGACAAAGAUAAGGAGCUAGCCACCAAAGGUGUUGCUGAAUGGCAAGUCAUUCGUAGGAUCCCAAGUACCGGUAGAGUGACUCUCCGGGAGGUUGCUCGGGAAAGGGUUGAUCUAGUUGCUGAGAAAAUGAAGGUUAUGCCAGAUGAGGCGUUGGAUGAAAUCAAGAGUGAACUUCGGUCAAUUCUUGAAGGAACUGGGGGUUCUCAUCAUGUUGAGGAGUUCUUGUACCUGCAGAAGCUUGUCCAGAAUAGGGUGGAUUUUACACCAACUACACUUUUGAUGACACACCAUGUUCAGCUGGAGAUUCUUGUUGCCAUCAAGACUGGAAUCCAGGAAUUUUUGCAUCCAAGUGUUAACCUACCCGUGAGUCAUCUUGCUGAGGUUUACUUGUACAAGAGGUGCCAGAACAUCACCUGUAAGAGUGCUCUCCCUGCCGAAGAGUGUAGGUGCAAUAUAUGUAGCAACAGGAAUGGCUUUUGCAACCUCUGCAUGUGUGUGAUCUGCAAUAAGUUUGAUUUUGAAGUCAAUACAUGCCGCUGGAUUGGGUGUGAUGUCUUCUCUCACUGGACUCACACUGAUUGUGCAAUCCGUGAUGAGCAGAUAGGGUCCGGACAGAAAAUUAAUAACGGAAUUGCCCAUCCAGAGAUGCUUUUUCGGUGCCAAGCUUGCCAAAGGACAUCUGAGCUGUUGGGAUGGGUUAGGGAUGUAUUCCAACAAUGUGCUCCUGGCUGGGACAGGGAUGCGUUGUUACGAGAACUUGAGUAUGUUUGUAAGAUUUUCCGUCUAAGUGAGGACUCAAAAGGGAGGAACUUGUUCAGGAGAUGUGAUGAUCUGAUUGAAAGACUAAGAAGUGGUACUGCUCAAUCCAUGAGUCCUAGAGCGCUGCUGCAGGCACUCCAAGAGCUUGAGAUGGAUUUUCCAAAGAUGUCCGAAAAUGAAGAAUUGGGGCGCCUGAUCACUCCGCACGAGGCCUGCAAUCAAAUUGCUGAGGUUGUCCAAGAGGCUGUCAGAAAGAUGGAGACCGUGGCUGAAGAGAAGAUGCAGAUGUUCAAGAAGGCUCGCCUCGCGGUGGAUUCCUGCGAGCGUGAGCUGGACGAGAAGACACGGGAGGCACGGGAGCUCAAGGCAGAGCAGCUGCGUAAGAAGCAGCAGGUGGAGGAGCUGGAGAGCAUGAUCCGGCUAAAGAGUGCUGAGGCCGAGAUGUUCCAGCUGAAGGCCAACGAGGCCCGGCAGGAGGCAGAGCAGCUCCAGAGCAUUGCGCUGGCCAAGUCGGAGAAGGCGGAGCAGGACUAUGCGAGCAUGUACCUCAGGCGCCUCCUGGAGGAGGCCGAGGCAGAGAAGUAGUACAUCUUUGAGAAGAUCAAGCUGCAGGAGAACCCGAGGCCGCUGGCAACGGUGCCUCCCCAGGCGAGCAGUAGUGCCGCCACCGCGGCCCCCACCCCUGGCGACCCAUCACAGAUGAUGAUGCUGUCCAAGAUCCAGGACCUGCUGAAGAACGUCCGCAGCAUGCCGUCUGGCAAGUCGGACGGGCGGCAGUUGAAAUAGCCGGUGAUGCGUGUUUCAUGGGUGAUAGUUUCUGCCAUGUAAAUUGAAAUAUGUGUCUCAUGAUGUUUCUUUAUUAGUUGCUGCAUAGUUAUA